UAUAGUUCAACUUCAGAAGCAGACAUUCGAAAAGUGAUAACAUUAAAUUAUUUUUGCCUUGUCCGGUGUAAAAGUUUUUGGAGCAAAUCGUUAUCAGCCAUGUUACCGUAGUUUCAAAGUCAAAAUAAAACAAUACCCCAUUACUGCGUGCGACGCACAUCCAACUUCUGAUCUUGUGUGAGGCACGAACCGGUCUUCAACCCUCCGAACAUGGCAGCAUCAAAAUCGGGUCAAACUGGCAAGGGCGAACUGGCGCUGAAUUACGGUGGCUCGACUCUAGACCGAAAGGAGUAUCUGGUGAACAAUGAGUUUAUGUCGGAUGUGGUCUUUCUAGUCGGAUCCAAGCAGAAACGACGGAUUUAUGCGCACAAGUUGUUCCUUAUUGCGGCAUCGGAGUAUUUUUUUGCCAUGUUCAACGGCAACUUUCGUGAAUCCAGCGAAAGCGAAAUAGUGCUUGCGGAUGUGGAACCGGAGAUAUUUCUCGAAAUUUUACGGUUUGUCUACUGUGGAAAGAUCGAAUUAACCUUCGGUAAUAUUCAUGAGAUUUACAUCCACUCGAGGAAGUACAUGCUAACGGAAUUGCUUGCGAUGGCUUCCAACUUUUUGGAACGUAGUAUCAAUCCUGAAAAUGUGUUGAAGAUUUUCACGCAGAACCGGUUCUAUGGUUUCCAGUUUGUCGACGAAGAAUGUUUACAGCUCAUUUGUAAGAAUCCGCUGUAUUACUUUAAUCACGAAGAGUUUGCCCUGAUAGAUCGCGAAUCGCUUAGUCUGAUCUUUAGUUCGAAGAAGAUUAAUUGUACCGACGAUCAGCUGAUGGGGGCGCUAGAUAUUUGGGAGAAGAAUCACGAUUCAGAAAGCGUUGACGAGCUAAAGUCAAUCAUCAAGAAUUCCAAGCGUUCGUACGAUUGUUACAAGCUGCGCCUGUUUGGCACUUCGUCCGGAUCGGAACCAAACGACUUUGGAUUUUCGAUUACCUCGGAGACGAUCGUACAAAUGUUCGGUAUCGGUGUGUUCAUUAAGUCUGCUGCCAAGGUCAUCUCGAUUGAUGUCAAGAUCUGGGAAAACGACAUCGAGGUGCGAUACGAUCAGUUCGAGUACGAGAAUGAUGACUUCGUGACGGUAGAUGUGGCCAAUCUAUUCUUCGAGCAGCUCGAGCUGACCCCACACCAUCGAUACAAGAUUUCGCUUAACAUCACACCAACGAUGGAACCAUUUACCAUACAGAAUCCGAAGAUCCAUCACGAUCGCAUCAAAAUGUCGAUCGCGAACGUCAUGUAUGGUCGCUGUGAUAGCACGUUCUGUGCGAUCGCGCAUUUGCACUGCAAGGAGCGGAUGCCAAAGUUGAAGAAGUGAUCGUAUGUUUUUAAGUAGGCUUCAAAAGUUCAGUAUUGUGCUAGAAGAAUUUUGUUGAUCCUCUUUUUUAUAGUAUGUAGGCGUACUUACGAAUAACAGUCCAGUGUAAAUAAAGAAGGUCUUUGAACGAGAUCGUUCGACGACUAAUGAAUGCUUGGU